ACGUUGUUUUCGAACAUGGCGGCGCCAAUCUGUUAACCCGACUCCGGGUGGAUGUUUUAUGGAGUAAAUUAUACACUUUUUAAAAAUAUGUGAUGACGCUGUAGCAUCUUUAAAAGAUUAUAUAUAUAUAUUUACGAUAAUUCUCCUCUUUCUGAAGUCUAAACUAAACCGGAGGACAUGUCAACUGCGGCUUGCAGCAAGUGGAGAGGACUUUUCAGCGUAGGAGAAGAGCUGGAUGAUGAAGACUUGCUGGAAGCUGACUGGACACACACUUCAGGUUCUGGGUCAUCCUCUGUUCCAGCCUGUGCACCCUUACAAGAAUCACAUGCAGUUUGCUCCCAUGAUGCACAGCAGAGCUCUGUUGGAUCUUCAGCCAACUUCUUGAACAGGACUUCAGUGCCGGAUUCUUCGGCACGGCUCGAUCUUUCAGAAUAUGGACCUGUCAAAGGUUUAAGAAACCUGGCCAACCAUAACUCUUCAUCCAGCACCCACUCUGUCCCUCAAACACAUGCCACUUCUCCUGCUUCUCUUCAAGCAUCUUUAGGUGGAUCGAAUGCAAUCACAUCUCUGCAACAUCCCUCAAUUUCUCCACCUGGCCAGUCAAACCCUCAGUCUGGAAUCUGCAAUGUUCCCACAAAAGACAUUCCUUUUCAGGAUGACUUUGAUGACUGGGAUGUAGAUCUGGAGGAGUUGGAUGAGUGUGUUCCUUUGAAAGCUUCUGCUCCAGACAAAGAAUUUGAAUCCGACAGCAUUUCCCCAGCUAAACGGUUGAGAUCGUCAGCUGUUAGUGAAGAUGCACCAGUUGUAUCAUCUCUCAGAGGAUUCUGUAACACUACUCCAAAAUCCGCACCCUCUCAGUCGUUUAGCAGUUCUACGUCUUCUACUACGUUUACCCCACAAAACUACUUGCAAACGCCAGCCUGCCGCUUCACCAGUCCGGUGACUCCUGGACCUGUGAGAGUGACAUCUCAGUGGCAAAGAGGAGCUGUCACUCCUCAAGCAGAACAUCGCUCUCUGUUCCAGGCUGUAUCUCCUGCUCUGUCGACUCCACAAACACCCCGACCACUUCACAUCCAGCCUGUCUUGACUAAUCACCUAGUCCAGCUGGUUUCGGCAGCCAGUAAGACUCCUCAGAGGCCGAGGAGUGAUUCUGUUCGGCCCAAGACACGCCGGUUUCCUGGUCCGGCAGGUGCUCUGCCGCAACAGAUCAGUGGGCGGAGUCUGGAUGACAUAGUUGUGGCAGUCCCACAGACACCGGCACACGGGGCUGUGGCUCGGCUGCGCAGUGAGGUCCCAAGCUCUCAAGGAAAUGAGGAAGAGGAGUUCAGCAUAGGUCCAUGGGCAGCAAUGAAGGCUGAAAUGGGACUGGAUGAGAGAAACCCUUCCUGUUUCCUCCAUUCAUAUAGCAUUGUCAUGGUGCUACGGAAAGCAGCCUUAAGGCAGCUGUCUAAAAAUAAGGUUCCUAACAUGGCAGUGGUGUUAAAGAGCAUCUUGCACACGCAUGCCGAUGCCAAAGCAGUGUUCAGGGACCCCACAGGUGAGAUGCAGGGUACAGUUCACAGACGGUUGCUGGAGGACAGACAGGGGGAGCUGAAGACCGGUGCAGUGCUGCUGCUCAAACAAGUGGGCGUGUUCUCCCCCUCAAACAGGAAUCACUACCUGAAUGUAACACCCAAUAACCUUCUUCGAAUCUAUCCUCCUGAUGGAGCAGUCCACACCUCCUCCCAGCCUUCCCAGCCUGCACUGGGACCUGCUGGAUUACUGCACUAUGAGUCCUCCAAUCUUGAAAGGGGCCCAGUGUGUCAAAUGGAGCUGCAUUAUGAGGAAGAGGAAGAGGAGGAGGAGCAAAGUAGCGUCGCAGCUAACCUGCCAGUCCCUGCCAAUGAGGCGGGCCAGUCUACUACACGACCUGACUGCUCAGAGGAUGCUCAAUGGGAUGCAGAUGAUCUUGAUGAGCUGCUUGGGGAGUUGCCUGUUGACUCUUACUGUGCCUGACGCCGACACCAUUACCGGAGAAAUCUACCAGACCACAGCCCAAAUGGCUUGGCUGUACUUUUUUUUGUUCAGUUUGUGUUUGUAUAGAAGCUGUUGUAAGAUAUGUACAUAAUCAAAAAGCAAUCAUCUGGACAAGAUGAAUAAAUGCUUGAGGUUGAACUGUC